AUGACGGAAGAGGAGAAGUAUGAAGUGCUAGAGAAGAUAGGACAUGGCUCCUUUGGCGUAAUACGUAAGGUGCGGAGAAAGUCAGACGGCUACGUCCUCUGCCGCAAAGAAAUCAGCUAUGUCCGCAUGUCGCAAAAAGAAAAGGAACAGCUCCAAGCCGAGCUCUCCAUCCUCAAAGAACUGCGCCAUCCGAACAUCGUCGCAUACUACGAGCGUGACCAUCUCAAAGGCACACAGGACUUGCACUUGUACAUGGAGUACUGCGGCAACGGCGACCUUGGCCGCGUAAUCAAGAAUCUUACCCUCAAGAACCAGUUCGCGGAAGAAGAGUUCGUAUGGAGCAUCUUCUCUCAGCUCGUCACGGCGCUAUAUCGAUGCCACUAUGGCGAAGAUCCGCCUGAAGUUGGCAGACAUAUCAUGGGGUUAGGGAACAACGCGAAGCCCUUGAAGAGCAAGCAAGGGCAUUACAUGAUCCUGCAUCGGGACCUGAAACCGGAGAAUGUCUUUCUCGACGCAGACAACUCUGUCAAACUCGGCGACUUUGGGCUGUCCAAAAUUCUUCAGUCCCACGAUUUCGCGUCUACAUACGUCGGCACCCCGUUCUACAUGUCGCCUGAGAUCUGCGCCGCGGAGAAGUACACCCUCUACUCCGAUAUAUGGUCGCUUGGGUGCAUCAUAUACGAGCUGUGCGCGAAGGCGCCACCCUUCAACGCGCGGACACACUUCGAGCUUAUUCAGAAGAUCAAGGCUGGUAAAGUCGCGCCACUACCGACCGUCUACUCGCAGGAGUUGCAAAAGGUCAUCAGCAGCUGUCUCAAAGUCAACCCAAACUCAAGACCGGAUACAACACAGCUACUCAAUCUACCGAUCGUCAAGCUUAUGCGGAAGGAGCAGGAGGUGGUGCAGCUAGGGCAGCAGAUGAAGUUGGAGAAAGAGCUCGCAUCAAAGACGCUGAAAGAAGCGAAUGACAGAAUGGCAACACUGGAGAAGGAGAAAGAAGCCCUCCGCUUCGAGCUCGACGCCACUGUACGGCGAGAAUGGGAAGUAAAAGCACGACUCGAGAUCGACCGUCAAGUAAAGAUCGAGUAUGACCGGCUUUGCAAAACAUUCGAAGCGGAAGUCAGCAAGCGUGUGGCAGAAGAACUCGCAAAACACCCUAGCCCCGCCACCCUCAUCGCUUCAUCAGAAGCCGGCGACGACUUACCCCGUUCCUCAACGCCAACACUCCCAGACCAGCAACCGCACCACCAUCGCCACCCCUCCGAAGUCGACCCCUCGGACAACCCCUCCAGCACUGAUCUCUCCGCUCUCUCAAACCUCUCAAUGGAUUCCCCCUUCCUCUCCAAAAAGCCCCUCAAAAAGAGCACCCGCACGCCCUUCACCCGCGCAAAGACAAUGUGGGGACCCACAGCCGUCGCGCCCUCCCCUAUGGACAUCCACAUGGCCGAGCCCAGCCCAAUCUCCAUCGCCUGUCUCUCGCUCUCUCCCCGGCGCCAGGCCAGCGGCACCGGCCCAGCUGAAUCCGCUACGGGCGUUGGAAAGCUCUACCCCCAGCCCCGCACCAACCGCAACAUCUUCGCCGCCGCCGCCGCCGCAGGCACCGCGUUGGCGCCCCUGCAAACCGCACUCCCGCUCUCCCCAACCCCACCAUCGUUCCCAUCCCCACAUUCGUCGGACGCGGAGCUCGAGCCUGACUUCACGGCCUCGGACGCAGACGAUUCAGACGAGGAUGUCGUGCCGGACCUCCCCCCGUCGCCGACACGCAAGGACAGCGGCAAUACCAACAAUGACCCCUUCAAGGUCCUGGCUACCGCGCCGCCAGCUCGGCCGGGGUUGAGUCGGCAGAGGACGCUUCCACAGCGCCUUGGGGCUGCGCCGAGUUUGUUCCCUGCGCAGCCCGUGGGGAGGGCGGUUGCGAGGCCGGCGAGCGCCGUGCCCGUCGUGGCGACCAGUCCGAGUCGGGUGCGGAAGGGGCGGGCGGCAGGCUUGGAGCCGGCAUCGCCGACGCGGAAGGUUGGGGCUGUCAAGGACGUUAACGUCGGAGCUGGCGCUGGGGGGACUGCUGGUGGUGCUGCGACGGGUGGGCUCAAGAGCAAGAAGGGCAACGACGAGAUGCUGAGGACCGCGAUGCGGAAUCAGGGGCAGGCGCUCCUGCUGCAGGGACGGACGCUGGUGGAACUGCAGCAGGCUACCUCGAACCCAUCGAGCGGUACUGGGAGACCGCCGGGGACGAGCGCUGUGGACUUCGCGGUCAAGGCUGUCGAGCGGGACAGGUCGAGGGAGAGGCGCGAGGACGUGCCGAUGUGGGAUCCGGAGCGGGAUGAGAUGCCGAGUCCGUUUUUGGUGAAGACGACGGGGAGGAUUAGGGCGGGAGGGCGGUAA